GGACCGUCCUUUUUUCAAACAUGGGCAAGAAACGAGUUCUCGUAGGUUACGGCAUCGACGUUGACGCCGUCAGUGGAUGGAUCAACACUCGUGACGGAUCACCAGCGAACCCAACAGACGUCUCUCGUGGUGUCUUUGGAGCGACGGUCGGCAUCGACAGACUCCUCAAGCUUUGGGACAAAUACGGCAUCAAGACGACAUGGUUCGUCCCAGCUCAUUCGAUUGAGAGUUUUCCCGAACAACUUUCCAAAGUCAAGAACGCCGGGCAUGAAAUUGGUCUACAUGGCUACACUCACGAAUUCGUCUCGACCCUGUCGGAACAACAACAGAAGGACGUCCUGACCAAAUCCGUCCAGGUGCUGACCGACUUCACCGGCAAGAAACCUCGAGGGUGGACGGCACCGGCGUGGUCGACGUCCCGUCAGACCAUCCGGCUCCUCGAGGAGUUUGGCAUCGAGUACGACCACUCGUUCAUGCACCACGACUCCCAGCUCUACUACUGCCCCGACGGCAGCGAGGAGUGGACCGAGACCGACGUGGCCAAGUCGGCGGAGGAAUGGAUGAAACCCAUGACGGCCAUCAAGCCCUCCAAGGUCGUCGAGGUCCCCGCCAACUGGCACCUGGACGACUGGCCUCCGUUCCAGCUCAACCUCAAACAGCCGUCGACGCACGGGUUCGUGGACCCCUACGUGAUCGAACGCCUGUGGAAGGACCAGUUUUCCUUCCUGUACCGAGAGUACGACACCUUCGUGUUCCCCAUGAGCAUCCACCCGCAGGUCAGCGGGAAACCCCAGGUCGUGUUGAUGCACGAGAGGAUCAUCGAGUGGAUCAACUCCCACGAAGGGGUCGAGUGGAUGACCAUGGAGGACAUGGUCAAGGAGUUCAAGGAAGGGAGGCUCGGAGGUGCAGAGGUCAGGGGAGGGAAAUAG